UGAGAGAGUGGGUUAGGGUUUUUUAAUUCGCUGAAAAUCUCAACAAUCGGAAAAGGAAAAUUCAACGCAUAUCGGAUCGAAGAUGUUUCCUGGGAUGUUCAUGCGAAAACCAGACAAAGAAGCUGCUCUGAAGCAACUUCGUGUGCAUGUUGCUUUAUUCGGGGCGUGGGUUGCUGCUAUUCGGGUCACUCCUUAUGUUCUCCAUUACUUCUCCGACAGCAAAGACGAGCUUGUUCUUGAUUUCUAGUUCUG